AUGGUUUCAGGCUCGCUCGGCCCAAGACUCCGUGACUCCUUAUCCUCACGUCCUCUCUUUCCGGGCGAAGAGCUUCUGCCUCAGCCGGGCAGCAUCCCCUUCCAGAAGCUUCCCUGGCUGCGCGCGACCAUGGCGGGCCCCCUGGGGUACGAUCUGAAGCCGCGGACGGGCAGCUACACGCUCGGGCUGCCCCGAGGUGACCGGGGAAUGUCUGAUGCGCUGAAGGGCCACUGGGACAACCGAUUUUCCGACAAGAAGUACACCGAUCUCGUCGUCAAAUGCAAAGGCCGAGAGUACAAUGUCCACCGCAUCGUCGUGUGCUCGCAGUGCGCCUUCUUCGACAACGCCUGCAAGCCCGACUCCCCCUUCGUGGAAGCACGCACCGGCGUCAUCGACCUCAGCGAGGAUCCCCCUGAGCUGGUAGAGGUGCUGCUCGCGUACUUCUACAUCCAGGACAUCCCGCUGCACGAGAACGUGCGGCUGAAGGAGGGCCGCAAGACGCGCUUCUUCGCCUCCGUCUACGCCAUGGCCGAAAAGUACCGCGUGGCCGGGCUCAAGCUGCGCGCCUGGGCCGCCUUCCACGACUACCUCAACGCCGGCGAGUGGCAGUCGCCGCACUUUGUCAAGACCAUCGCCUUCGUGUGGGAGCUGACGCCCGAGAAGGACAUGGGCCUGCGCCACGCCGUGCUGAGCGCCGUCGCCCCCCAGCUGCACUGGUUCACCAGCAGGUAUGCCCCGCACUUUGAGGAGGACAUGGACGCGCUGGAGACGUUCUGGGACGACCUGGCGAGGUACCGGAAGGCCUUCCCGGACCUCGAGCGCCGCUUCUGCCCGUCGUGCCUCUCGCAGGUGGCGCUGGAGGUGCGCCCGGCGGGCCUGAGCAAGUGUCCGGCGUGCGGUUUGGAGCACUCGGAAGCGCAGUGGUGCGAGGUGCAGAUUUGGGACGUGCCGGCAGAGAUGGGGACCAACUGGCGCAACAGGGUGCAGGAGCAAGACAGGGCGGUGGUGGCGGCGGCGGCGGCGGCGGCGGCAGCGACGUAG